AUGGGGGAUGAGAAGGCUGAGGAGGAGAACAAGGAAGGCGAGGCGGACGAGCGAGUGAAGACCAUCCUCAAUGCUCGGAAGAGGCCUCGCACCUCGACGAGCCACGUCUCUUGGGACGAGGAGAACCUGGCAGAGCACGACAAAGAGAGGGGCACCAGGCAAAAGAUCGAGGAGCCCCCGACGCCAUUCGUGCACAGCCCGGCGUCGAUCUCCGAAGACGAGGUCCACGAAGCCGCCGAGGAAAAGGUUCCGCAGCCGCCAGCAGGUACUGUCGGUACCGUCAAUGCCGAGGAGCUUUCCAAGCGGCUCAAGCUCCUCGAGGAGGCUCAGGCCCAGGCCGCACCCGACGCGGAGCCGAGGCCCUCGGCGCCCGCCAGCCCGGCCAAGUCCGUGAGGUCCGUAGCCUUUACGGAGGGAGGCACCCCGAAAACCUCCUCGGAAGCUUUCAAGGCAAAGCGGGCGGCUCACUACAACGAGUUCCGCGUGCUGCAGGCGUUCCGUGCAGCCGCUGGCCGAGCAGCCUCAGACGACGAGUCGUCUGGAUCGGGAAAGCGCUGA